UGGGGACAGAUCACCUUCGUGCACUCCGCCAUGCGCCGUUUGGGCGGGGUAUUUGAUGCACCUUCCCCCCCCCUUUCCUCCAGUCGAAUAAUAAAUAGAGGCUGAGAGGGGGCCGCCUUAGGUGUUUUAUGCUUCCCCUUUCGCGGAGGUGCCCCGUUCUUCCAGCCGAAUCCGCCGGCUACCGGGGGACAGGACAAAGGCGGGCGAGCCCGUCGCCCGAAAGCCCGUCACCAAAGGUGCUGCCAUUUUGUCCAUACUUCUGGGGGAGAGGUUGGACAGGAAGCCUGAAAGAUGGAUGAACCAUGGUGGAAAGAGGGCCUGGCAGCUGAGAUUCAUCAGACACUGAGGCAAAAGGAGCUGAAACUGCCUGUGUAUAAAGCCUGUUCACCACAGAUUGAAACGCGGCGCUAUUUUGCUGAUCUCUUGACUAAGCUCAGCAACCGCUGCCAUCUCUGUCCCACUGCCCGGCACCUUGCUGUCUACUUGCUGGACCUCUUUAUGGACCACUUUGAAGUGGAGUUUAAAGAGCUAUAUGUCGCCUCCAUCACCUGCCUCCUCCUUGCCAGCAAAUUUGAAGAGAAGGAGGGCAGAGUGCCCAAGCGGGAACCGCUGAACAACUUCAUUGACAUGUGUCACAUUAACCUGGAGCUGACUAAAAAAGACCUGCUGAAGAUGGAGCUCUUGCUGCUGAAACAUUUCAACUGGAAUCUGUGCCUGCCAACUCCGGCUCACUACAUUGAUUACUACCUCUUUGCCUCCGUUACUGAGAACGAUCUGCACUGUGGCUGGCCUGUCACAUUUGUGGCCACCGCAAGGGCUUUCAUGGAGAAAUACGCUCACUAUUUCCUGGAAAUCUCUCUGCAAGAUCAUGUUUUUCACUCCUUUCGGCCUUCUUUGGUUGCGGCUGCUUGUGUGGCUGCCUCGCGUAUCUGUCUUGACAUCUCUCCCUCUUGGACCACUGAGCUCCAGCUGCUGACAGAUUAUUCCUGGGAGUCUCUUGCUCCAUGCAUUGACCUCAUGCUGAUAGCUCAUGAUAAGGAUGUCAAAGAAGCCCACAAAGGACAAGAUCACGUGGUCCUCUUGCAGCUGCCGGAGCAACAACUCAUGGAAAGCUUGACCCUUCAGACAACCCCAACCCAAGUUCUUUUCCAGCAGUCGCCAUAUCAUCCCCUGGCAGAGCAUUCCUCUGUCUUCUCCCAGUUCUACUCUCCAAUACAGGAUCUGUGCUCUGCUUACCGGGAGUCUUUACUCGCUCCUCGGCCACCAAGCGGUCUCGACCCAGAGAAUAGCAAUUCGCUGUCUUCAUAUUCUACCCUGCAGGCCGACUUCCAGCCUGUUUUGCAAACUGUGUCCAUUCAGGGCCCUGUCACUAUGCAGGUGGCCCUUUCAACAGAGCCCAGGCACUGCCUCGCUCUGAUCCUCGGCAGUAGCUAUUUCAGCGGGCAUCAUUCCUGCACCACUGAUUGUUUUGAUGCGUGAGCACCUGCAAAGAAGAGGAGCAAGAGAAGGGAGAAUGUUAAAUGCUGAUGGUACAUAAACUGAGCUGCACCCUACUGCCCUGAAAAAGGGACUCUGAAGAAUGAACUUGGAAGUGUCUUAGACUGGGGUCCCUAACCCCCGGUCCGCGGGCUUCGCAGGACUGGGCCAUGGACACAGAUCUCUCCCCCGCGCAUGCACACAUGGUGGGUAUGGCAUGCUCACCUGCAUGCACAGAUGAGUGUGGUGUGCAAGCAGCCAUGGUGCGCAUGCGCAUUCACCUACAAGUGCAACACACCCAUAUGCGCAUGCGCUCAAGCGAGCCACACCCAUCCACUAGUGCACCACGCUCACCCAUGCUUGCGUAUGAGCGUGCCAUGCCCAUCUGCAAAUGUGCCACACCCAUCCAUGAGCGGCGCGGGGGUUCCCCCCCCGCGCACGUACCUCACCAACCCCAACUGGUCUGCGGUUCCAAAAAGGUUGGGGACCACCGUCUUAGACAAAACAAAUUCAUUGCUGGAACUGCUUUUAAUGUAAGGGUGCUCUUUUCUGCAAGAAAUAUUUGACAAAAGCAAGAUUUAAGUAAAUGCAAUCGUAUGCUUCACAUUUCAAGAUGCUCCUCUUGUAGAAGUGACUGACUGAAAUAGGCCUGUUGUUUUCCUCAUGUUACUCCAUAAAAGAAUCCUCAACAAAAUGAACGUUACAACAUGAUUAAAGUAUUCCUUUGAAAAGGUAAUGUGAAGAAACAUCUGCCCUCAGAUAUUUUUAUAAGAUGCUUUCUCAGUGAAACAUUUUUAUAUCUGCAGUUCUUAACAGAAACACUUCGUUGAUAAAGCUAGUAUUUGAGUCUACCUCUCAAACUGUAGAAAUUUUAAUGAAGAAUCAUUCUUACCAGAUGUUCACUGGAAAUUUCACUGAACAAGAUAGUAUAUUUGAAUAUAUGCACAGAAAAUCGUCAACCACUUUGGCCUUAAAAAUCUUCCAUGCAAUUUCAUGAACCAUCAGUAGGGAAAGAAAAAACACCACUUGAAUCUCAUUUGUAGUAUUUUUUGUUGUUGUUGUUAAAAUGCAAUGUUAAAUUACCUCUAAGUGUUGAAUAUGCUGCUGCCUUAAGUAACUAAUUAUCAUUGUUUGGAAAAGUGGUUUACACAUUAUAUCAGGGAUUAAUGUUUACUUGAAAACAAUUCAAAAAAAGUUUUUAAUAUUCGUGAGAAUCUUUUAGUGUAUGUUGAGUUUUGCAGUCUAAUUUGGUAAAGCUAAAGGGGAAUGAAAAAUAUGUAGGAACAGGGUUUUUUUAAAAAAAGACAACUUUUAAGCUUUCCGGGGAUAAGGGGCUUUAAGAUAAUACAGGAAACUAGUCAGAUGUACUUAGAAGUUACUAUUACUGAACCACUAACUGGAGACACAUGCAUGGCUAGGAGAGAUGGCUGUGUAUUGCAACAUGUCAAGAAAAUGGAGUGUAAUAUUAUGCUAUAGAUGCUAGAAUGUAAAGCAGAGACCUUUGGGAGAGAACCUGUUUUGUCACUAUGAUUCCUGUUCCAAGCACACUUCCUGUUUCCAUGUUUGGGAGCAAGCUGCUCAUUGUGGGGCAAACAGAGGAAACCAAGACAUGGCAAGGCACUUGCAGGGGUUAUAUGGGCAGCCAGGGCCUACUUAAUUCUUCCUUUCUUUCUCAGUGAUCACAUUCUUUCCUGAAGAUGCCUCUCCCUCCCCACCCGGAACAUUAGCAUUUCUUCCUUCCAAAUGAGCCAGGCUGGUGGAAGAAUAAAAGGUGUGGGUGGGAAAGGCAUUUGCAGGGUAUUGAUGAAAGGCAAGUAUUCCUCCCACCUAGUGAUUCUCCAGUGCAUACACAGAUUUAGGAGCCAAGGUAACCUGCCUUUUUCCCUUGGGUCCCAUUUAUUCGAUGGAGCUUAGUUCCAGCGAAGUGAAUUUCAGAAUCAUGCCCACAGCAAUGGCUGAAAUUCUGUUGCUUAGCAUAAUAAGUCACACUGAAGUAGGCCCAUAGAAUUAGUGGGGAUUUUGUGAGUCAGCUCCUUCAUAAGUUCCACUGAUUCAAAGGGGUGCACUCUGGCUGUGACUUAAUUUUUCAUAAUUAAGGUUCAACUAGAGUAGGCUUGUUUGAAUCACUGAAAUGUCUGGAGAACUUUACUCACCAAAUCUCCACUGAUUCAGUUGCCUUCUCCAGUGCAGCUUAGUACACUAACAGGACUUCAGCCGCUUUUGUGCAAUUAAGCUUAUCACAGGAUUCGGGUAAAUCCAAUUACAAGUUGAAGAUUUCUGCUAGAAUGUGAAAUAUUCAGUUGAUAAGCAGCUGUUUUUCUGGUGGUGAAAAGGUUUCUCAGGAUUACAGUACAGAUGGUGUGCAAUAACGUUUGUGUGUGAGAGAGAGAGAGAGAGAAAGAGAGAGAGAAUGUUAGAUUGUUUUAACGGUAAGAGUUUUGAGAGGAAAAUGUUGAGUUGAUUGUUUUAAUGUGAAGGAAAAUAUUUUUUAGAGAAUAUCUAUUGAUGAAAUGCUGAUGGUGUCCAUAAAGCAGAUUUCCUCAAACUGGAAGCCUCCAGAUAGAUUUGACCUACCAUAAUUUCUCGCCAGCAUGCUUAUUUUAGUUAUGGUGACUGUUGAUGAUGAGGGUUGUAGUACAAACACAUUCUGAGGGUACUAGAUAUGGAAAUGCUGCUCUAAAACGUAUUAUAGCCUGGGCUUUUCACUGCUGAAUGUAACAAUGUGUGUAGCAAAUGAAGUCUUGGAGAUGCUGUCUUUCUUCAGUUUUUAUUAUAGAUUUAUUAUACAUUUUUGUCAAAUAAGAAAAUUAUGUCUGGAGUUUUCACUUACAGUAGUUAUUUUAAUAUUUAUAUAUGACUUGCUUUCUCAGAUUUCAUGUGUUCUUUAAUCACAUAAUUGUGUAAAAUACCACAGGAGAAACUCUGCCUUAUAGAAUCCAUUAUGUUUAUUUUUUAAAGCCCUGUGCAGAAGCAUUUUUAUGUUGACAUUUUGAAGUCUCAUUUCCAU